AUGGUUAUUUCAAAAGUGAGAGCCACGGUGGAAGAGAGUGCUUUGGAAGCUUACUGUAAUAUAUUUCCAGAUUGUAUGAGAAUAGCUGACUUGGGUUGCUCUUCCGGGCCAAACUCUUUGGCUGUUACAUCUUAUAUUUUAGAUGCAAUAAUAAACCAAAUGACUAUGAAGAAGAAGAAGAAGCCAUCGACAUUCCAAGUGAUCCUCAAUGAUCUUCCUGGAAACGAUUUCAGCACUGUCUUUCAAUCACUUUCGAGCUUCUAUGAGAGGCUGAAGAAGAAGAAGAAUGAGAAGGGAGACAAUUUGGAGAAAGUAUCAUGGAUGAUUUAUUUGAGAGGUUCACUCACAAAAUCAUCGAAUCAAUGGCCAAUGAAAAUUGGCACUACACAAACUUGGCUAUUUCUUCGACAAAGAAUCAAGGUUAAAUAUCAGAGUUUACAUUUGAAGUAUAUGGGAGGGAAAUAG